AUGAUUAAAGAAUUAGCAACACUAAAUAAAAUUGAAUUAAUUAAUGUUAAAAGUGAAAUAAUAACUGAUGGAGGUGGCGAUGGAAGUGCUGUUUUUCAAAAUCAAAUACAUGCAAAAACAUAUGGAAUUUAUUUUUUGGUUGAAUUUGAAGUGUGUGAGCCUGAUUCAAUUAUCAAAAGUCUUAAGAUUAUGAUUAAUGAGGCAAUUAGACGAGAAGUAGGAGGUUUUUUUGAAAGGGUAGAGAAAAACCGAAAUAUUCAUGUUUUAUUCAAAGGAAUUGUCAAUUAUGCAAAAAUUAACCAACAACGUACACAAUUAUUUAAAUAUUUAAAACAAAAAUACUCAAAAUUGAUAAUGGACCCAAUGACUUUAUCACCACCACCACAUUUACAAAAAUCUAACAAACAAGAAGAGAUAAAUGUAGAAAUAAAUAGUUUUUUGAAAUUUGCUGAUAAAAGUAAAAAUUAUCCUGAAUUAUUGUUUGUAUGGAAUUUGAACUUAACUCCAUUAGGUCGUGUUAUAAUUACUGACUUGAGGUUAAUACCAAUUAUGUCACAUCAAUGGAAGACAUUAGAUGAAUUUAAUAUAAUUGAUCAAAUACCAAAUCAUUUUCAACAACUUGUAGAGGUUAAAGGUGUUCAAUUCGCUGUUGAAAUAAUUGUUAAAAUUGUAUUUGGGUUGAAUAAGAAAACAUAG